CUUGGCUUUCACUUUGGUCGUUAGUCAAAAUACCAGUGCGCAUAUUUUCUAGACAUGCGCAGUACGUAAAGUAUACAGUCGCUGAGUAUCACUGACACAGUCGCGCGGCAGCUAGUGUAACGGUGACACCGCGACCCUGUGCGGCUUGACGUUUACUGAAAGACUGGUAGUGGUGACGUUAACUGUGUAAGACUGUGGUAAUGGUGACGUUAACUGUGUAAGACUGUGGUAAUGGUGACGUUAACUGUGUAAGACUGUGGUAAUGGUGACGUUAACUGUGUAAGACUGUGGUAAUGGUGACGUUAACUGUGUAAAACUGUGGUAGUUAUGAGUUAACUCGCUGGCAUGUGGAGACCCUGGGUGGUGGUGAUGGUGGUGGCGGUGGGGUGGAUGGAAUGUCACAUACAAGGUCCACCCAGGAACUACACUGUCAAGUCUGGCGUUUGUAAAUUUAACCAGGAACUUCAAUCUUGUCGUCACCAGUUGAAGACGAGCCCGAGCGGAGGCAGUUGCUGGGUCAGAAAAGUGGUGGGCAAGGAGAGGACAGCAGUGUGCACGCUUCAAGACAACACCCAACUCUAUUCCGCCGUCAACCCUCCCUUCACCCUUACCAUGUACCAUCACUACAAUAAAAUCUUUCUGGUUGGCGCAUUCUUCAUCUCCUUCUCUAACCUCGCUGUCGAGAGUAUAAAAUUUCGAUUCCAAGACGUGGCUCGCCCUCACACCCAGAAUCUAUGUCGUGACGUGAUAGUAAAGAACGUUCCCAUGCCUCUGCGUGAUCCCCUCCUCUGGGAUUGUCCCUUCUUCAGCUUUGAUAUCAUCGACCAUAACCUUCACCUGACCGUCUUGAGUGAUGAUGGGCGAGGCGGCUUCUACUCUUUCCUAGUCCCUAAUGGAACACAUGUUGACCCUUACAAAACUAGUAUCGAAGACUGGCAGGUGUUUCAAUACCUGCACUUGGCACACAUCCAUAGAAGACAGGGAGUGCCAGUAACGCUUCAGAUGGCACCUUUCCCUAACCUCACCUACAGUGUGUCCCUCAUGCACUGUCUUGAUGACGACUGCAGAGAACUGAGUCUCACUGACCACGUGAUCCUUCAGGGACCCGAAAGCGUGCACUUCCUGGAGGAGGAGUCACCACAGAAGACCCAGGUGUUCCCUCUUCCUGGUCCUGGUUCCUACCUGGUCACCACACACAUCAUCACCACCGCGUGUCCUCCCUGUGGCUGCUUCAUCUCGCGCUCUCCCAAAUUUGUUGUGAGAGCGGAUGUGACGUGGUUGAGAGUGUUGGUAGUUAUCACGGGCGCCCUGGUCAUCAGCUUGACUCUGGGUGUGGCCUUCAAGUAUCUACUCCACGUACAACGCUUGACUUAUAAUGAUAACAAGGAAAAGAACAAGCCAAAGGUGAUGCUGAUAUACCUGGCUGGGUCCUGGAGUCACUUCGAGCUGGUGGUGAAGGUGGGUGCUUACCUCAGUGCCUGCUCCGUCGAUCCUCUCCUGGUCGACAUUCACAGCACUAGACAGAACCCCUUCAAGUGGACGAGUGAACACAUCCACACAUCUGAUCGCGUGUUGUUCCUGGUGCCAGAGAACCUAUGGGCCCAGAGUGUUACACCUAUCAAGGACCACUGGAAGUAUGCCCUCUCGUACAUGACUGGCCGCACCUUAAACCAGCACACUAACCAGGCUGCCACGGUGAUCAUGCCCUUCAGUGCCUCUGUACCAUAUCAGAUUGCUCAUUUACGGCAAUUUAAGCUGCUGCACGACCUGACCAAACUGGUGAUCUGGUUGCAUGGUGGAACCUUCAUGGACCGCUGGUUCAUGUGGAGCUCAGGUCUCCGGUGGGCUGGCAGUGAAGAAGCCACAUACUCUCUCACCAACCUCAGAGACCUCCUUGAAAAUGAAACUGACGAGCAGAGGGACGAGGAGAGCUUUAAAAUGAAAUGGAAACUUUAUUUUAGACAAUUAUUUCUUGGGGGUCUUCAGGACGAUCUGCCUCAGUCUCCGAAACUUGCACCACCACUGCCACCACCACCAUCCCCAUCACAACAACAACAACAAGAGAGUGUGGUAGAGGUCGGAGAAAACACAACUGAUGGACAACAGAAGAAAUUGGAUGGAAAUACACCAGAAGUUCAAGUCCUACUUAACCAUCAGCCGGGUUAUUCCUCGGACGGUUACGAGUCUUCUGAGUGUAGUGGUUCCUUACUGUCUCAUGAUGCUUACCUGUGAAAUUAAUUAGAUACAGGUGCUUCAACUACUGACUCGCCUGACAAUUACUUUUCACUCACCUGAUGAAGUACACAAGCAGGUGGUGGUGGUGGUAAUAUACUCGAGGUUGAUUGGCAGGAAUGAGAACACCACUGUAGCCUGGCAUCCCUCAGAGAGUAUAAGAGGAGCAUAGCCUCUAGCCAUCUCGACCUGCAGACGUCACUGACACUCGGCACAUAGAUAAAGGCUUCAUGGAUGCCACACACGUUACCUUGUUCCUGGCAUACAACUACACCCCCUAGCCUAAUGUCGGGUCGAAUAGAAGCUCUCUAUCAACACCGACUUAAAGUUCCUAAUCAUCACUACAGCGUUAAAGUUAAGUCCUCCAUCUAACCUAACCUCAUUUAGGUUUUAGAAAGUAUAUUUAACUUGAAGUCUGUGACAAAUUUUGGGUAAUGUUUUGAUUUUGAAGUAACUUUGGGUUUGACUUUUAAGUUAGUUAAUUUGUUAUGUGUUGUUUUAGUUGUUUUAUUAUUUAUUAUGUAAUUUGCGGUCAGUAAACCUAUCUUUCUAUAUAUCUGUGUCUGUGUCUGUCUAUCUGUCUGUCUGUCUGUCUGUCUUUCAAGAUAUGUGUUAACUAUGGUAGUACAGUAUUCAGUUGUUGUGUGUCAGUGAAAUCAAUGUAAUAAUUGUCUUUUAUUUUGUGUAAUCAUUAUUUCCUCUGUAUUAUAAAGCACCAUUUUUGUCUUCACUUCAGUCAAUAAUUCUUAAGUUAUUUGAGCAACAGUAGUGUUUGUUUGAGCACCAGUAGUGUUUAUUUGAGCACCAGUAGUGUUUGUUUGAGCACCAGUAGUGUUUAUUUGAGCACCAGUAGUGUUUAUUUGAGCACCAGUAGUGUUUGUUUGAGCACCAGUAGUGUUUAUUUGAGCACCAGUAGUGUUUAUUUGAGCACCAGUAGUGUUUAUUUGAGCACCAGUAGUGUUUAUUUAAGCACCAGUAGUGUUUAUUUAAGCACCAGUAGUGUUUAUUUGAGCACCAGUAGUGUUUAUUUAAGCACCAGUAGUGUUUAUUUGAGCACCAGUAGUGUUUAUUUAUGCACAGUAGUGUUUAUUUGAGCACCAGUAGUGUUUAUUUAAGCACCAGUAGUGUUUAUUUGAGCACCAGUAGUGUUUAUUUGAGCACCAGUUGUGUUUAUUUGAGCACCAGUAGUGUUUAUUUGAGCACCAGUAGUGUUUAUUUGAGCACCUGUCUUUGUAUAUUUUAAUAAAGUAGAGAGAACA